GCGUGUGACGCGAGACGGGCAGCCCACAACCCUCCACCACCAAUGCCCACAACCAACGCCGCUCCCAACAUCACCACCACCAAUUAACUCUCUACAUCACCAUCACCACCAAUUAACUCUCUACAUCACCACCAAGUCACUCUCUACAUCACCAUCACCACCAAUUAACUCUCUACAUCACCACCAAGUCACUCUCUACAUCACCAUCACCAAGUCACCCACAGCAUCAACAUCACCAAGUCACCCACAGCAUCACCACCACCAAUUAACUCUCUACAUCACCAUCACCACCAAUUAACUCUCUACAUCACCACCAAGUCACUCUCUACAUCACCAUCACCAAGUCACCCACAGCAUCAACAUCACCAAGUCACCCACAGCAUCACCACCACCAAUUAACUCUCUACAUCACCACCAAUUAACUCUCUACAUCACCACCACUUAACUCUCUACAUCACCAUCACCACCAAGUCACUCUCUACAACAUCAUCACCACCAAGUCACUCUCUACAUCAACAUCACCAAGUCAACCUCAACAUCACCACCACCAAGUCACCCACAGCAUCAUCACCACCAAUUAACUUCCAACAUCACCACCACCAAGUCACUCUUCACAUCACGACCAAUCUCAACAACACCACCACCAAUUAACUCUCAACAUCACCACCACCAAGUCACCCACAGCAUCAUCACCACCACCACUGCCAUCACCGACAGCCUCCUUGAGCGCAAGCAGAGGCGGACGGUAUCGGUAGGAACCCCUUGUGGGGCUUCUCAGUGCAGCCACCAUGGACAUCGUGCUGCAGUACGCCGACUCGCGGGUGCUCACGCCGUACGUGUACCCGGCGUGGUGGGCAGAGGACGACCCCGUGCGCCAGACCCUGAGCCUCCUCCUCGUCACCAACUUGGGCGGCGUCGCCAUCUACUUAAUCUUCGCCACGCUCAGCUACUACCUCGUCUUCGAUCACAAGCUCAUGAGCCACCCGCAGUUUCUGGAGAACCAGGUGCGCAAGGAGAUCAAGUACGCAGUACAGUCUAUGCCUUGGAUCAGCAUCCCUACGGUCGCGCUGUUCUUAUUGGAGGUCAGAGGUUACAGCCGACUCUACGACAGCCUCGACAAUUCAGCUUUCGGAUUGCUGGGUGUGCUGUUCAGCAUGAUGUCGUUCCUGUUUUUCACCGACAUGGCCAUAUACUGGAUACACCGCAUUCUCCACCACAAGUCCAUCUACAAGACGUUACACAAGCCGCACCACAAGUGGAAGGUGCCGACGCCGUUUGCGAGCCAUGCCUUCCACCCCAUCGACGGCUUCAUGCAGAGCCUGCCCUACCACAUCUACCCCUUCCUCUUCCCACUGCACAAGGGCGUCUACCUGGGCCUCUACAUCUUCGUGAACAUCUGGACGGUGUCGAUCCAUGACGGCGACUACCGCGUGCCGCAUAUCCUGCGGGACGUCAUCAACGGCUCGGCGCACCACACCGACCACCACCUCUACUUCGAGUGCAACUAUGGGCAGUACUUCACGCUGUGGGACCGCUUGGCGGGCUCCUACAAGCACCCCAGUGCUUUCGAGGGCAAAGGUCCACACGAUUAUCUGCGCAAGCUACAGACCGACAAGUUAGAGUCAUCAGAGGGAGCGGUACACAACGGGCACCCUGUGACAGCUGCCAGUCCUGCCGGGAGUAAGAAGAAAGAGUGAACAAAAAGAGAGACUUGGGUUGAGCCCGGAUUGCAGUUUAAUGUCUGGAGUGCGUCAAGCCAGCGAAAGCAUGACCUUGGGACUGCACCGACAAACAUGAAUCGCUGUGUGACCUUGCAUUCUUGACCAGAUCAACCUUGCAUGAAGAGAUUCUCCUCCCCCAACAGAUUGCCUUUUGUGAAUGUCCAUGGUAGAGUAAAUGUUUGUUUAGAUUUGGCCCGAUUGUAAGCGAGCUAACGUUGCACAUCUGCCAUCACCAGGUAAUUUCAAAUGCUGCAAAUGACACUUGAAAUCUAUUUUGAGGCUGAGGUACGCUGUGACUGCAAUUGAAAAACAAUGAUAAGCUCAUCGCAAAUUUUUCGUACGUAAUUUAUGUGUUUAAUGCCUUGAUCUCUUAUUUUAUAUGAAAUAAACUUGCUUAACACGGAUGUAAAUCCUUCAUGGAGUUCGUUGUGAAUAGAUUCACGAUAAAAGAUUAUACUGUAGUAGUCAUUCCUUUUUGUGGGUCAUACAUGUUCGUGUGAAAACUGGAGACGCUUUAUCUAAUUAUUCAGUGGGAAAAUGUACCUUUGUCUGCAAGUGUAUUGUGUAUAUAAAAUAUAUUUGGCAUCAAGAUUCAUUGGUUUUCUGCGCAGUUACAAUAAAAAAGAGAAGCAUAAAUUAA